CUUUAGGAUCAGCUAGUGAAGCAGUUAUAUCGGUUAUAAAAACGAUACCGCAAUUCAAAUUAUGACGCGUGAUAAAUCGUGAUAGCAAUUGGUUGUGAACGUUGAUGUUUCGUUUUAUUUUUGUGUUAUUUAAGUUGUGGAUUUUAAUAGAGUAUUGAGGUGAUUAAAUUGUGAUCAUACACGAAGAAGUGCUUCAAAUUUGGAUUCAACAACCAUCAUAAAAUCCACAACACAUAAAGGAUCUUGAUGAAAAAUGGAGAAAAUAUUUAACUUCAUUAUUGUCACAGUCUUAGCCAUAACUUUCACCUAUGUUUGUGGAAACAAUGAUGAAACCCCGCUCAAAGAGAUGAUUGGAUUUCCUUUAUGGAGGCCACUGACUACAUGGCGCCGACAACUGUAUCCUCCAGCCGAUAGCUAUCAACACAAUACUGAAGAUGAAAUCGACGAUUAUCCCAGUGCACUGGCCGGCGACACCGAUUUUACAGCACAGAACUUUCAUACCAUCGAUUUUAAGCUCAAACGCACUCGUCCACGGCAUCCGAUUUGCGAAUCGCUUAUUAAUGUGGUAUACGUAGGAAACAACUCUGAUGGAUAUCAAUAUCGUCCUGACCAUUACAUUACCGAAUCAUGCCUGAACUCUUACAACACCUACCAAAAUAGGUGCUCAGAGACGGGAUUGUCGUGUACCCAGAUUAAGCAGAAAAUGUUCAUCACUAGGCGGAAAGCAGGCGAUGAUGCCAAAGCGAUAAACUGCUGGGAACACGUUAGAAUGGAAGAGUACGAUGCCGGUUGCGAAUGCAUGUAUCCAAAGGAACACAUUGUGGAUAAACAUUCCCAGCGCAAUGGAAAAUAAAAGUAGAUCAACAAUCUCUACCUGUUUCUCAACACCGAAUCUGAUGUUUGUAUUGUAGAAUCGAAGUGAUAGGCCUACUUGAAUUUAUUUGGAAUGAACAAUAUUCAUCUAACGGAGCUGGAAGAACCGAUUUAAAGUUAAGGAUAAAACAUGAUUCAUGUAUAAAAUGAGCCCUUUUAGGUAUUUAUAAUAUUUAUUAUUAUUGCCGUAGAAUAGAAAAAAAUGACUGGUGAUUAGAAUAUUCAUUACUUGUACAUUAAAACAGGAAUGUUGCUCAGUA